AUGGCUGGAGCUGAAGCUACAAAAUAUGCUUCUGCUACAAGUCCUACUACCACUGCUACCACCAACAUGGCCAACAGAUCGAACAAGCCAGCAACCAUGAUCAGAAGGUUCAUUGGGGUGAGGCAAAGACCCUCAGGGAGGUGGGUGGCUGAGAUCAAAGACUCUUCUCAGCACGUGAGGUUGUGGCUUGGAACCUAUGACACUCCAGAAGAGGCUGCAAGGGCUUAUGAUGAAGCUGCUAGAGCCCUGAGAGGUGAAAAUGCCAGAACCAACUUUGCUCCAAUGAACCAAGUCGUAGGGCAAUCAGGGUCUAACCUUUCAACUGGGUCUGAUGGGAAGCAUGGUUUGAGCUUUGCUUCCUUGAAGGCCAAGUUGAGCAAAAAUCUUCAGAAUAUCAUGGCUAGGGCAAGUGAUCACAACAAGUCCUCGAAGAGUAGGGUGAGUGACCACUUCACCUUCGCCAGCAUCUUCCACCGCAGGAGCUACCAAAUCCCUGAAGGGGACAUGAGAAACAUUGAGAAGGUGGUGCAGCCUAGUAUUAUUGUGCCUCCACUGGAAGGUGGUUGUGAUUAUCCUUCUGCUGCAAACUGGGAAAGUGCUUCCAGUGUCUCUGAUUGCAGCUCUGAGUGGGUCGGGUUCGGGAAAUUCGGGUUGGAUCUGUCAGACGGGUCGGAUAUUGGAGAGGUUAGUGUUGGUGAUCAAGGGUUCUUGGAGCAGUUGAUGGGGUGGGUUGAAAGCCCUGAUGUUAGUGAUCAAAGUGAGGGCUCAAGGAGUAAGAGGUUCAAGGUGUCUUCUUCUGUGCUUGUCCCUCCAACUUUCACCGCCUCUCCUUAUGAUUGUGGAUCCCCUUAUAGCGGUUAUGCCUCUCCUUAUAACGGUUACGCUUCUCCCUAUAACGGUUGUGCCUCCCCUUGUAAUGGUUAUGCUUCUCCGUAUUAUUAUCAUAAGAAGUGA